UUAUGUGUGUUUGAACUUUGAUUUAAUUUCAGUGAGCACCCCUAAUUUUGCUGAUUUAUUGCUGAUAAUCACUCACAAUGGAAACCAAUCAAAAAUGCGGGGAUGGACUGACUGGCAUGCAGAAAGAGACUGCGCUGCGCACUCUGAUCCAGCGCACAGGAUAUCACAUACACCAGGAAAACGGCCAGAGGAGAUAUGGUGGUCCACCUCCUGGCUGGGAAGGCCCACCUCCAGAGAGAGGCAGUGAGAUUUUUGUGGGAAAGCUUCCUCGAGACCUCUUUGAGGAUGAACUGGUGCCGCUCUGUGAAAAAUUUGGCAAAAUUUAUGAAGUACGAAUGAUGAUGGACUUCAGUGGCAACAAUCGAGGCUAUGCAUUUGUUACCUUCUACACAAAACAAGAGGCUAAGAAUGCCAUGAAACAGCUCAACAACUAUGAAAUCCGGAAUGGAAGACUUCUUGGUGUGUGUGCAAGUGUAGACAACUGUCGUCUAUUUGUGGGGGGGAUUCCAAAGACCAAAAAGAGAGAAGAGAUCCUGGCGGAGAUGAAGAAGGUGACGGAUGGUGUCAUGGAUGUCAUCGUUUAUCCAAGUGCUGCUGACAAGACCAAGAACCGAGGUUUUGCAUUUGUCGAGUAUGAGAGCCAUAGAGCUGCUGCCAUGGCCAGGAGGAAACUGCUGCCAGGUGCUGUUGAAAGAGUGAAGAAGAUCCGAGAUUACGCUUUUGUUCAUUUCUCUCAAAGAGAGGAUGCCAUCAAUGCCAUGAACGAAUUGAAUGGAAAGGUCAUUGAUGGAUCUCCCAUUGAGGUCACACUAGCCAAGCCUGUGGAUAAGGAUAGUUAUGUUCGGUAUACCCGAGGCACAGGGGGUCGUGGCGGGACUCUGGUCCAAGAAGACUAUGCUUACACCGUAGGCCAGAUGUACGACCCCUCUGCAGCCUACCUAGGAGCACCAAUAUUCUACGCCCCCCAUGCAUACGCAGCCAUCCCUAAUCAGUUCCGCUUCCCCAGUACCAAAGGGCACAUAAGUACAAGGGGGCUGGUGCACUCCCCCUCUGUGAGAGGUGGGUAAUCUGAUUCUCUUGUUCCAGA